GAAGUUGUUGCUGCGGGGUUCCGAUUCCUGCCAUCCGCGCGUGUCGCUUGCGCCCCAGCAGGGUUGCAGCCGUUGUGCACGGAAGCGGGUCUCGGCCGCUCGUCGGGAGGCGCAGUCAUGCCCCGUUAUUACGAGGACAAGCCGGAGGGCGGCGCGUGCGCGGGCGUGAAGGAGGACCUGGGCGCAUGUCUGCUGCAGUCGGACUGUGUGCUCCAGGAAGGAAAAUCCCCUCGACAGUGUCUGAAGGAAGGAAACUGCAAAGCUCUGAAAUACUCAUUUUUUGAAUGUAAAAGAUCAAUGUUGGAUGCCAGAUCCAGAUUCCGAGGAAGAAAAGGGUAUUGAACCUAGUAUGCUGAAACCACAGUGAAAACAACAGGGUUUCUCUGGUCACUUACAACAGAGAAGCCCAAAUAGGAGACAGACUUUUUGCUACAUCUGGUGGGAUGGGCCAGUUUUCCCCUCCAUGAACACUGGAGAAAAUGGAUGAGUUCUGUUUUUGGAUAUGUAUAAACUAAAUGAUUUCUCUUGCUCUAAGUUACUUUUGGAAGAAAAAUUUAACUGAACAUCUAUGAGCUGGGAGCAUCAUACUGUGUUUUGAGAAUUGUUAGAAAGCUCAAAAAGUGAAAAGAUUGUUAUUUUCCAACUUGACUCUGCAACCAAAUGACACAGUUUGUACAUCCUUUGUGAAUAUUAUGAAGGCCACUGAUGGGACUGAAAAUUGAUAACAUGCAGUCGGGGGAGAAAACGUCUAUUGGGAAAGUUUAG